AUGAGCCACCUGCGCGCACCGAGUGCGCCCAAUACCUGGGCCGGCAGCGGCAGGGAUUUGGUCCCGCCGCCGCAGCAGCUGGAAGGCCACCUCCUCUUGGGAGAAGAGGCGGCGGCAAGUCGUGGCGGCGCCUUCCCUUCUCCCUGGUUGGGCAUUUGCUGCCCGGGCCGCCUCUCCUCAUCCCCCAGGUAUCUGCUUUCGGGUACACCUGAGGGAGAUGAAGAGGAGGCAGAAGAGGAGGAGGAGGAGGAAGACGAAGAGGAGGAAGAGGAGCUCCUGAGGGCCGGUGGCCCCGCGCGCGCGGGCGGACCGAGUUCGAGCAGUUCCUCCGGGAAGCAGCUGUGCGCGCUUCAGCAAUCGCAGCAGCCCCGCCACCACCGCCAUCCGCAGCCUGGGAGCGGCCCUUGUAAGGCGCAGUUGCCGCCCCCGCCGCGGCUCCGCUCGCCCUGCUCCGCCGUCGGAGGCGGCGCUCUUCUCCGCCCGGGCUCCCAGCCGAACGGCGUGCAGCGGCAGAGGCGUCUGGCUGCCAACGCUCGCGAGCGGCGCCGGAUGCACGGGCUGAACCACGCUUUCGACCAGCUGCGCAACGUCAUCCCUUCCUUUAACAACGACAAGAAACUCUCCAAGUACGAGACGCUGCAGAUGGCUCAGAUCUACAUCAGCGCCUUAGCCGAGCUCCUGCACAGCCCGCUGCCUCCCGAGGGCGCCCCCUGCGGAAAGGGCCCUUCCCUUCCGCCCGCCGCCCAGGCUUACGAGCGCUCGCCUUGCACCCCUCCAGGAGGAGGAGCGCUGCAGCCCCGGGCCCAGGUUGCGGGCCACGGCAGGACGCGUUUUUCUCUAGAAUCGCCUGCGGGGACAGGAGGGGGCUACGCCUUGCAGCCAGACCCGCUGCAUUUCCCUUCCUUCACGGACGGCGCCCUCCUGGGGCAAAAAGCCCCCUCGCCGGGCCAGCUUCUCCAGCCGCCUGGCCAGCAGCCCCCAGAGCGAAGAAAAAACUCGCCUCCAGCCCACCGCAGCGACGGGGAGUUCUCGCCUCGAUCGCAUUACAGCGACUCGGAUGAGGCCAGCUAA